AGUUAACCGGAGGGAGCAUGUGGGUCUGCGGGGCGCGAACCCCGGCUCAGCUGCGGCGGCGGCUGUUCCCCGCGUUCCGCCGCCGGCGAUCUGCUGCCGCCGCCUUCUCCGCAUCUGCCGAGCCCUCCCGGGUCCGGGCGCUGGUCUAUGGGCACCACGGGGACCCAGCCAAGGUCGUCGAACUGAAGAACCUGGAGCUGGCUGCUGUGGGCGGAUCAGACGUCCAUGUGAAGAUGCUGGCAGCCCCUGUCAAUCCAUCUGACAUUAAUAUGAUCCAAGGAAAUUAUGGCCUCCUUCCCAAGCUGCCUGCUGUUGGAGGGAAUGAAGGUGUUGGACAGGUCGUAGCAGUGGGCAGCAGUGUGACCAGGGUGAAGCCAGGAGACUGGGUGAUUCCAGCGAAUGCUGGUUUGGGAACCUGGCGAACCGAGGCUGUGUUCAGCGAGGAAGCGCUCAUCUCGGUUCCGAGUGACAUCCCUCUUCAGAGCGCCGCCACCCUGGGCGUCAAUCCCUGUACGGCCUACCGGAUGCUGAUGGACUUCGAGCAGCUGCGGCCAGGGGAUUCUGUCAUCCAGAAUGCAUCCAACAGUGGAGUGGGGCAAGCAGUCAUCCAGAUCGCCGCAGCCCUGGGCCUGAGGACCAUCAACGUGGUCCGAGACAGGUGCGUGGGAAGGCCUGAUCCCAGCACACCACUUGGGCCUUUCCACCUGGCACCCGCGGGUGCCCACGUUUCCACCAGACCUGACAUCCAGAAGCUGACCGACAGACUGAAGAAUCUGGGGGCCCAUCAUGUUGUCACAGAAGAGGAACUAAGAAAGCAUGAGAUGAAAAACUUCCUUAAGGACGUGCCCCAGCCUCAGCUUGCUCUCAACUGUGUCGGCGGGAAAAGCUCCACGGAGCUGCUGCGGCACUUGGCGCCUGGAGGAACCAUGGUGACCUAUGGGGGGAUGGCCAAGCAGCCUGUCAUCGCCUCUGUGAGCCUGCUCAUUUUUAAGGAUCUCAAACUUCGGGGCUUUUGGUUAUCCCAGUGGAAGAAGGACCACAGUCCAGACCAGUUCAAGGAGCUGAUCCUCACGCUGUGUGAUCUCAUCCACCGAGGCCAGCUCACGGCCCCUGCCUGCUCCGAGGUCCCACUGCAGGACUACCAGCGUGCCUUAGAAGCGUCCAUGCAGCCUUUCGUGUCUUCCAAGCAGAUCCUCACCAUGUGAUGUGAUAAUCCCAGAGGAGCCGGAGCCAAGUGGGAGGGGAGACGGACCAGCAGGACUGGUUUCGGGCCCCCCACUUGGGGCCCCUCCGCCUUACGCAGGCUGCUCCUCUCCCCACUGUCACUUCUGAGGCGGAGAAUUGGGAGGCCAGCCAAGGCUUUCCCUGGGGCCAGCCUCCGGGUAUCUAAUAAAGUCCGAACUUCUUAAAAAAACAAAGAAAAAACAAUAGAAGUCACCCCUAAUAAGAAGGACCAUCCCUUGCCAGCUCCCAGCACUAGAAGCCCCUCUUGCCCACCCUCCACCUGUCCUCCAGCCAUCACUUCCUGACCGCCCUGAAAGCAAAGCCUUGACGGGGCUGGCAGGUACAAAAGCCAGUAAAACAGAUCUCUGCCCUCAAGCCCUCCAAGCCCACAGAGGAGAAUCUUCUAAAAAGGAAGGUUUGACUCAUUCUCAGGUGGCCUUCGGCUCAAGCUGGGACGGGGAGGAUCAGCUCCACAGAGGAGUGAAUGCCAGGCUGAGAAACCAAGGAAACGGGGUCUCAGGUGCCUGGACCAUCCUCACGGAACUUCCAUUCUAACUGGGGAGACAGAUGUUACACCAGUGGUUCUCAGCCUGAGCUCAUUUUGCUCCCAGGGGACACUGCGGUUAUCAUAAUCGAGGGGGUGCUACUAGCGCCUAGUGAGUAGAGGUCAGUGACGCUGCUACAGCAUCUCACUGUGCACAGCACAGCCUCCCUCAGCAAGGGCUUAUCCAGCCCAAAUGUCCACAGUGCCGCUGUUGAGAAACCCCACAUCAAACCACUGGUCCCACGACAGUUACCGUAGUGAUGAGUGUGCAAAAGAAGACAUGCGUGAAGUGCUGUGAGCGCCUAACCAAGGUCCUGUCCUAGGCCUCCCUGAGGUGAAGCUUGAAAGUGGGCUCUGAAAAAUGAGUAGGUUUAUUCAGACAAAGAGAAGAGUUGGACACUAUGUGAGUUUUUGGUGUUUGCUUCAUGAUCCACUCACUCAAAGCAAAGAACCAGAGGCUUUGGGGUGUCUCCCUCAUCACCUGGCCCUCUGUCCCUGAGCUCUAGAGCCUCACUGCGGGGGGACAUACUGAGAGCCUAGCACGUGCCUGAGGCCAGGGCUGCCCGUGAGUGACGUGGGGCUGGCCCGCAAGUAGCUAAGCCUAGUUAGUGCACAGCAUACUCACGAGGCCGCUGAUACGGAGGUAUUCGGAGGGCCGUGGGGACACAGCAGCUCUGCCUGCGGGUUUAAGGAAGGCCUCCCAGAGGAAGUAUGGUCACAGCCAAUCUUAAGGCCCAGCAGGAGAAGGUGUACCAAGCAAAGCCAACAGCACUCGUGAGAGUCUGGCAGACCUGGAGAGCCUAGCAGUCGGGGAACUGCCCACAGCCAAGUAGAGCUGCUGCCUAGGACGUGGGGGGAGUAUGAAAGACUGAGAUGGGAGCAGUGGGCAGCAGUCAGAGCAGGAAGGCUCAGGACUUGCCCCCAAGACAUGGGGGAGGCACUGAGGGAUUUUAGGCAGUGGAGUGAUGUGGAAAACUGGCUCUGAAGGCUAGUUACAUGCCAGCACAUACCUGGGCCCCGGCGUCAUCCUCUUGUCUUCGGCAGCAUCUUGUGUGUCCUCUGGAGAAAAGGACUCAGCUUCAUCCUGGGGCUGGGUAAGGUCUACAGGUGCCCUCUGGGUAUGAAUUGCCACCUUGUACACCUGGGCUCAGAAUCAGCCGCAGCUCACCCAAGUCCCUCCCGUUCUGUAUCCUCAAGGUUAGUGGGAUGGAUGAUUUGUGCAGUUGGUCAAUGGGGGAAAGUGCACAAAGUCUGAGAGGGAGUGGGAGGCUGCCCAAAGCCUACAGGAGUGCAAGUUAGGAUUAGGUUCUGCAGGGGGACUCCACAAGGUUGGGCUUAGGGGAUGUGAUGAGCCUGCAGCCAUGGAGAAGGAUCGGGCCCCUGGUAGAGACUCAGAGUGGGCAGACAGGUGGGAGGAAGGUUCAUGGCACCACAUCACGGUUAGAGACCUCGGGGGUGUGCAGAGUGUCCCGGGAAUAGUACCUCUGGGGGUCUGGAGCUGAUUUUUUUUUUUCUUUUGUCUGCUCCGUUUGGCAUGAGGGAUCUUAGUUCCCUGACCAGGGAUCGAAAUCAUGGCGCCUGCAUUGGGAGCACGGAGUCUUAACCGCUGGACCGCCAGGGAAGUCCCUGGAGCUGGAGCUGACGUUGGGCUUUAAAGGAUGAUAAUAUUUUCUCAGGCAGGGGAGGGAGACAAGCAUUACAGACUAAGGGACCAGGCUAAGUUAUAGAGGCAGAACAUUUAUGUCAGAAGCUUCUCGUUUUCCCCAAAUACCAUUCUAUUGCUAAGAAUUAAAACUGAUGGGGCUUCCCUGGUGGCACAGUGGUUGAGAGUCCAUCUGCCGAUGCAGGGGACACGGGUUCGUGCCCCGGUCCGGGAAGAUCCCACAUGCCGCGGAGCGGCUGGGCCUGUGAGCCAUGGCCGCUGAGCCUGCGCGUCCGGAGCCUGUGCUCUGCAACGGGAGAGGCCACAACAGUGAGAGGCCCGCGUACGGCAAAAAAAAAAGAAGAAAACUGAUGACUCUUAGGCGGGCACAUGGUGGGCUGGAAUAAAGUGUUUCCCUGCCUCCCUUGCAGCUGACAAGAUCUGGCCCAUGUGAUGUAAGCAGAGGUGCUAGGUGUCCAUUUCUUAGGAACCUCUUUAAAAUAUAGUUGGCAUCCAUCCUGUACCAUUUCCUUCCCCUUUCACCUUCCUCCUGGCUGGGAUACAAACAUGGAAUUUGCACAGCCAUCUUUGACCAUGUUGAGAAUGGGACAGCAACAAGAUCAAAGGAGCCUGGGUCCCUGAGACCCAGAAAUGGUGACUGCCCACCUGAGGACUUGAGAAAUAAGCUUCUGUGUUAUUUAAGCCCCUAGUGUUUGGCCUUUCUCUGAACCUAAUCAUAAACGAUACAUAUUCUAUGAUUUAAUUUAUAUUGAAAUCCUAUCAAUCCAUCUGAAGCUGAAAAUUUCACAAAAUCACAGUCUGAAUUGUGGCAGUGUGUGAUUCCCAGCUAAGGAAUUUGGACUUCACCCUACUGGCGGUAGGGAACAAAAGAUUUCUGAGCCAGAAGAUCAGAACUGUGGUUCAGAAAAAUCCCUCUGGCAGCAAUCUGGGGGGACAAUUUGGAGAAGGGAGGCGCUAAAGAAAGAGAGAAUCAGAAAUUCCCAGAUAAGUAAAGUCUCCCUAAAUUUUGAAGACCACAUAGGGAUUAUCAACAUUUAAUGAGGCCAGCAGAGGAAAGGAGCCUGAGGCAAAACAAUGUCAAAAGGGAAUCUGACUUAAGAUGGAUCAUCGCUUCCCUACUUAACAAGUACAGGAGAUUGUUUUCAAUUUUCAGGCUGAAUAAUCUCUCUGUGGAGUUGGGACAGCUCUUCGGGCCCACUAAGUAAACAAUAUACUUUUUAAGUGGCUGAAGGAGGAACCCUGGCUCCAGGAGACCAAAGGAGGACAAACAGGCAUGACCUCCUAAACCAAAGCUUGGGUGUACCUGAAGCCCUGAGGCUUCAUGACUGGCUCUCCCUGGUGUCUUCUGGAAUCAUCCACCCUUCAACUGCCUACAGCCACUGUCAUAAUAUUGAUGACUGUCUGGUGUCUUGGGACACCAAUUAACCCUGCUUUCCUCAGGGAAAAAACCGAUGCCCAGAAGAAAGAGGUUCUUACAUUAACCUGUGUGUGCCAGGCACCUCUGCCCUGGUACCUGGAAGCUGUCAGCAGCUCCCGCCAGCCCCAUGCUUAUUGGCAGGUACCAUGCCCUGGGUAGGACGCUGGGCCCAGCUUGGGCAGCUGGAGGAAAUGGUUGAAGAAGAGAAACUCAGUCCUGGCACAGCAUCUGCCUGCAUCUGAAGGCAGGAAGAUCCUGGGAUGACAGAGGGCCCACCCGCAGGUGAGUUAGCACCCUAUGAGAGGGAAGAAAGCUUGCCCUAUGUCCCUGACCCUUUACAGUGUACGGGCACUUCCACACCUACCUGCAUUUGAUUUUUACAACUUCCCUGUGUCAUUGAGGUUUUAAUAUCACCACUUUUCAGAAGAGGAAGAUGCUGAGAGAGGAAGUGAGCUGCUCAAGGUCACAUACCAGGAAGCAAGCUGGCACCAGAAGCCAGGUCCCCUGACCCUGUCUGGUCAGCAUGCCAGUCAACCCCAGUUCCUCUGGCCCCACAGCUGGCCUUUGAGCUCCCUCUUUUCUCAGGACUCCUUGAUUUUGUUCAGUAAUAAUUGACAUGUCACUCAGAAUUUCCCUGAGUCUGUGUCUCACAGGGAAGCAUGAAAAAAAGAAGCAGGAGGCCACUGAAGUAAUCCAGGUGAGAACUCAUUCACUUAUUAAUUUGGUAAAUAGUUUGAACACCCCAUAUGUGAAAAGCCUGUCAGAAGUGCCAGGGAUACAGCAGAAGCCAAAAAUCGUGGCCCCUGAUACCAGGAAGCUUACAUUCUAGUGGAGGAGAAAGACAGUGAACAAGUGAAUAAAUGAAGUAAUUACAGAGUGUAGCAAGUGCUGUGAAAGAAAAAAUAAAGUGAUAUCAUAGUGAUGGGGGUACUUGAGAGAAGGUGGGCAAGGAAGGUCUGAGUCCUGAAUAAGAAGUCAGCCAUGUUCCAGGCAGGGGGAGCAGCAUGUUAAAGCCCUGUUGUGUGAACAAUAUGACAAGGCCUGAACUGGCUUAGUUAAGUGGGAGUGAAGUGAAUGGAUUCGUGAAUCUUUAAGAGGAAGAAUCAACAAGACAGAGUGAAUGAGGUGUGUGAAGGUGGAACUUUGGCACCUUCCUGGAGGGAGGUGCCACUCCCUGAGUUAGCAAGCUCCGGAAGAGGAGCAGGUUUUGGAGACGGGUAUUUCGAUGGGUAGGGUUCUUUCCCAUCUGUACAAUGGGUUGAGCAGGUUAUUUAACAGCCAAGUUUAGCACUGGUUCUUCAUAAUACAGGGACUAUGAUCCUCACACUUUACAAAAUACCAAAUGGAUCAGGACUGCAGCAUAAAAAUCAGUUCUUAAAGCAACAGAAUAAACCAUGGGAGGUUUUGUUUGUUUGGCUACGCCCGGUUUUAUUUGCAGCACGAGGGAUCAUUUUUUAGUUGCAGCAUGCGGGAUCUUCCUUGCAUCGUGGAUUUAUUUAUCUAUCUAUCUGCACCACAUCUUAGCUGCGGCAUGCGGAAUCUUUAGUUGUGGCAUGCAAACUCUUAGUUGCGGCAUGCAUGUGGGAUCUAGUUCCCUGACCAGGGAUCGAACCUGGGCCCCCUGCAUUGGGAGCGCAGAGUCUUAGCCACUGGACCACCGGGAAGUGUCCAGGGGAGGGUUUUUAAAAACAAAAAAUUUUUUUAACCUCAGAGUGAGGAAGGCCUUUCAAACUGCAACACAUAAUCCAGAAUCAAAGAAAAAUGAAGGAUAAAUUUGAUCCCAUAAACAUACAAUGUUUUUGCAUGACACACUGGGAAAAAAUAUUUGCAACUCAUUUGACAAAGAGCUAAUUUUCCUAAUACAUAGAUAGCUCCUAUGAAUAAGAAAAAUGGGCAAAAAAUAUAAACAGACAAAGGAAAAUAUGUGUCUUAAACAUACGAGGCUCACUCCACUCAACAUAACUGCAAGUUAAAUUAUCCCAAGAUACCAUUUUUCAGCUAUCAGAUUGACAACGAUCAUAAAGUUUCAUAACGUGUUGAUGAGGAGAUGGAAAAACAGGUGCUUGUGGAAAAUUGAGCAAUAUCUAUCAGAACUAUGUUUGCCCACACCCUUUGACCCAGCUAUUCUACUUCUAGGAAUAGAUCCUACAUAUAUGUAUAUAUACAAAGUUACUCAGUGAAGCUGUUAAAACAAAAGGUUUCAAUCUAUCUCAACGUCCUUUCCUAGGGCAAUGAUUAAAGAAAUUACUGUGUAUAAAAUGGCAUAUUAUGAGCCAUGAAAUAGUCCUGAGGAAGCUCCUUUUGUACUCUAAUGGAAUGAUUUUCAAAUUAUACUUAGUGCAGAACUGUAUGUAUAGUACACCACCACCAUUUGCUUUACAUGUGUAAAACCUCUGAAAGGACAUUUAAGAAACAUUAUAUUGUGCCUCUAGGCCACCAGAGGACAGA